UGUGACUGAACAAGUUAACAGAUAUUUUAGCAUUAUUUUGUGGACACGCGGGCGUAACGUAACCUCGAUAAGCAGUCAGUUCUACUAUUUGCUCGUAUGCAGAGAUUAAUUGUUUUUGUUAUUAUUUUGACCGUAAAAACGGUCUCAAAUUUUGUUCUGGAUCCAUGGGAAGGAGAGGCGAAAACACCAAUACCAUUUAUAGUAUCACUUGAUCAAAUUAAAAAAGAUAUAUGGAAGCAUCAUUGUACCGGUUCUAUAAUACAUACACAUGUUGUUCUAACGGCAGCACAUUGUUUCAUUGAAUAUAAACUUCCUACUGACUUUACCAUAUUUUCUGGGUCUAAUGUAUGGAAUGUAGACGGAGAACGUCGUGAAGUUGCUGAUAUAAAAGUAAAUGAAAAUUAUGUCUUCGGAGAAUUAUUUGGCAAUGAUAUAGCUUUGGUAAAAGUCAAGGUGGGAUUUAAGUUUGAUAAUAUAAGAACCAGCAAAAUUGCAUUAAAUGGUUUUGCAAGAAUUGGAGAGAAUGUGAAGACGUACUUAUUAGGUUGGGGAUACACCAAGGAAUUGGAGGUGAUGCCAUUUAAAACUCAGAAGAAUAUGGAUUGUCGAGAUAUACUUUAUUUUGAUUCAAUAACUUAUACUGAUAUGUGUGCAUGGAGUAUGGGCAAACGUGGUGGUUGUCAUGGUGACUCAGGCGGACCAUUGGUUAAUGCUGACCUUAACACCCAAAUUGGGUUAUUAUCUUAUACUGUGGGAUCUUGUUUUUCAAAUCGGCCAUAUGCAUUUACGCGAGUGUAUUUAUUCAUAGACUGGAUAGAAGAGAACAUAUAUAAAAUGAUGAACAGUAAUGAUAUGUGAUGUUGUUUUUAAACUGAUAUAAAAUAUACGAUUUACUA